AUGGCGGGCGGAGAAGCUGGAGUGACUCUGGGGCAGCCGCAUCUUUCACGUCAGUAUCUCACCACCUUAGAUGUUACCAAGUUGACGCCACUUUCACACGAAGUUAUCAGCAGACAAGCCACAAUUAAUAUAGGUACAAUUGGUCAUGUAGCUCAUGAAUCCACAGUCGUCAAAGCUAUUUCUGGAGUUCACACUGUCAGGUUCAAAAAUGAACUAGAAAGAAAUAUUACAAUCAAGCUUGGAUAUGCUAAUGCUAAGAUUUAUAAACUUGAUGACCCAAGUUGCCGUCGACCAGAAUGUUAUAGAUCUUGUGGGAGCAGUACGCCUGAUGAGUUUCCUACAGACAUUCCAGGGACCAAAGGGAACUUCAAAUUAGUCAGACAUGUUUCCUUUGUUGACUGUCCUGGCCACGAUAUUUUGAUGGCUACUAUGCUGAACGGUGCAGCAGUGAUGGAUGCAGCUCUUCUGUUGAUAGCCGGUAAUGAAUCUUGCCCUCAGCCUCAGACAUCUGAACACCUGGCUGCUAUAGAGAUCAUGAAACUGAAGCAUAUUUUGAUUCUACAAAAUAAAAUUGAUUUGGUAAAAGAGGCUAAAGAACAAUACGAGCAGAUCCUUGCAUUUGUCCAAGGUACAGUAGCAGAGGGAGCUCCCAUUAUUCCAAUUUCGGCUCAGCUGAAAUACAAUAUUGAAGUUGUUUGUGAGUACAUAGUAAAGAAAAUUCCAGUACCCCCAAGAGACUUUACUUCAGAGCCCCGGCUUAUUGUUAUUAGAUCUUUUGAUGUCAACAAACCUGGCUGUGAAGUUGAUGACCUUAAGGGAGGUGUAGCUGGUGGUAGUAUCCUAAAAGGAGUAUUAAAGGUGGGCCAGGAGACACAAGUAAGACCUGGUAUUGUUUCCAAAGAUAGUGAAGGAAAACUCAUGUGUAAACCAAUCUUUUCCAAAAUUGUUUCACUUUUUGCGGAGCAUAAUGAUCUGCAAUAUGCUGCUCCAGGCGGUCUUAUUGGAGUUGGAACAAAAAUUGACCCCACUUUGUGCCGGGCUGACAGAAUAGUGGGGCAAGUACUUGGUGCAGUCGGAGUUUUACCUGAGAUAUUCACAGAAUUGGAAAUUUCCUAUUUCCUGCUUAGACGGCUUCUAGGUGUACACACUGAAGGAGACAAGAAAGCAGCAAAGGUUCACAAGCUGUCUAAGAAUGAAGUGCUCAUGGUGAACAUAGGAUCCCUGUCGACAGGAGGCAGAGUUAGUGCUGUCAAGGCCGAUUUGGGUAAAAUUGUUUUGACCAAUCCAGUGUGCAGAGGAGAAAAAUUGCCCUUAGUUUUUCAAAGAGUUGAAAAACACUGGCGUUUAAUUGGUUGGGGUCAGAUAAGAAGAGGAGUGACAAUCAAGCCAACAGUAGAUGAUGACUGAAGAAUACCGGUUAAAUAAUACAUUCGGAUGGAGUUGGAAGUUGAAUUUCUCUUAACAACCAAGGGGUUUAUUUUCAAAGCAAUAUUGGGGAAUUGAUUUCACAGUUCAUUACCUUAGUAGGUAACUGUAAGGUUAUUCUCUUUUUUUUGGUUAUGAAAACUUAGGGACUACAAUUAAUAUAAAAAUUGGCAUAAUGUUGGAUUGAAUCUACAUUUUGGCAGAAGUUAAGCAUUCCCACAUAAUGUCAAAAUUAGACAUUAUGCAGUUUUGUUUUUUUGUUUGUUUUGUUU